AUGGUCGGAGGACCCAGGGACCGCCACAGCGCAUUUGGCCUGAAGAGCUGUUGGAAUCGCUUCAUCGGAGUCUUUCUGGAUGCCCGGGGUCUGUUGAGCGAUCCAAAAAUGGUCAACAGGCACAGCCUCGCGUACUACAGUCGGGAUCAAAUGAAGGUUAUGGGACUCUACGUGAACUCCGAGGAGAAGGGACAGCCUCUGCGAAGGGCGUGGCAUGUGUUUCUUCUCGUGCAGUUUUCCGCCUUGUACGCCUCGAUGUUCUACGGGUUGCUGAAGUCUUUGGACGAUAUUGUCGAGACGGGUCGUGAUCUGGCCUUUAUGCUUGGGAUGUUUUUCAUAGUCUUCAAGAUGGUUUUCUUCAGCCUGUAUGCGGAUGAAGUGGACGUUUUAAUAGACAUCCUGGAGGCAUCGCAUCAUGCAGAGGUCAAAGGUCCAGGCACUGAGGCCUGUCGAGCGAUCAAGCGCCAUCACUUCUUGCUAAAUGUUGGCUUGGACUUCGUGUGGUUCGUUGCAGUCGUCGUCUUUGUCGUGCUCCUGAUUGUCACGCCCUUCUGGGCCGAUCAGAGCCUGCCCAUCCAUGCGGUCUUCCCGCUGGAGCUGCACGACCCGGCCAAGCACCCGAUUGCCCACCUCGUCAUCUACGUCUGUCAGAGCUUCAGCAUGGCGUACCUCAACAUUUGGCUCGUGGCCACGGAGGGCCUCUCCAUCUCCCUCUACGGCCAGGUGACGACUGCCCUGAGUGUCCUGUGCGUGGAGCUGCAGCAGCUCCGGCACUUCUGGGGCGACGGCAGCGAGGAUCGGCUGCGCCUGGAGCUGACUCGUCUGGUCGGGACUCACCAGAGUAUCAUUCUCAUUGUCGAUCGCUGCAAUCAGCUGUUCCACGGACCCCUCAUCAUGCAAAUGACUGUCAACUUUCUGCUGGUCUCCCUCUCGGUCUUCGAGGCCCUGAUGGCCCGGCACGAGCCCAAGGUGGCAGCCGAGUUCAUGGUCCUGAUGAUUCUGGCCCUGGGACACCUCUCGCUCUGGUCGAAGUUCGGCGACAUGAUGUCCCAGCAGUCGCUGGAGGUCGCCCACGCCGCCUACGAGGCCUACGAUCCGAGCGUUGGCUCCAAGCGGAUCCACCGGGACAUUGCGUUCAUCGUCCGCCGCUCGCAGCGUCCACUGAUAAUGAGGGCCAGUCCCUUUCCCGCCUUCAACCUGAGCAACUACAUGGCUAUCCUGAAUCAGUGCUACAGCAUCCUCACCCUCCUGCUGAAAACCCUGGACUAG